UCAGACAGUGUUCAUAGCUGGCAAGCGUUUAGAAUACAAUAAACGGCUUUCUGCAUAUAAAGUGCAUUAUUAUCUAAAAGCGCCUACUCAUUCAUGUUUAUAACAAUUGAGUUCGUACUUUGAGUGCUAAUAAGUGGUCGGGCUGCAUUAAUCAGAAAGUUAAGUGUGAAAAUUGCCGAGAGUUUUUUUUCACUCUUGAAACGUGGAGAUUGGAUCGUUUCAAUUAGCUGCGUUCAGUUGGAUAUUACCGCAUGCGAUAUUAGUAUUCAAACAUUGCCGCUUAAGUGAUUUAGUUAACCCUGCAUGUUUAGUGUAGUAAUUUCGCAGCAUUUUCAGCUGUCUGGUGUGUGAGCCUGUACUGUGUGUGUGUGUGUGUUUGUGUGUAUGUGGUGAAUUGUGCAGUCAUCGACCACAGAGGCUUCAUUGAUCAGCUGCCGAGCCUCAAUACACAAUGAGACCGGGCCAGCGAUCUCUCCUCUCUUCCACUCCUUCUCUCCUACUGCGAUCUCUCGUUCUGCUCUCCCUCAGCCCACGGGGACAGGCUGUGGAGGCUGAGAACGUGACAGUGCUUGAGGGGGGGACGGCACAGAUCGCGUGUCGUCUUCAGAACUACGAUGGUUCAAUCGUGGUCAUUCAAAAUCCACGCAGGCAAACGCUCUUCUUCAAUGGAACGCGAGCGCUCAAAGACGACCGUUUUCAGAUGGUUCUUUUCUCGCCGCAGCUGGUGAGGAUUACGUUGACUAAUGUUAGUGUGUCUGAUGAGGGCGGCUAUUUCUGCCAGCUCUACACCGAUGCCACACACCACCAGGUGGCCACGCUGUCAGUGGUGGUGCUGCCAGAGAUCCCCACAGUGGAGGUGAAGACCGAGGCGGUGGAGGGCGGAGAGGUGGAACUCACAUGUGUUUCUCCACGGAGCAAACCGCCGGCCACGCUGCGUUGGGUUCGAGACCGCAGAGAGAUCCCUGGUGUGAUCUCUCAGCAGGAGAACGGGAAGACUGUGAGUGUGUCCAACACUAUCCGUAUCCCUGUGGAGAGGAAAGAUAAUGGAGCGGCGCUGACUUGCGAGGCGUCUCACCCGGCUCUCAGAGGACAGAAGCGAAUUCGUCACUACAGCCUGGAUGUUCAUUUUGCUCCUACAGUGAAAAUCAUCCCCCCUCAGGGCAUCCUAAGAGAGGGAGACUCCCUCAGUCUCACCUGCUCUGUUACCGGCAACCCACUGCCACGUGACAUCCAGUGGUCACGAGUAAAUGACUCUCUUCCUGAGAGGGCGGAGAAAACUGGCAACAUACUUCAUAUGUUUCGCCUCAGCCAAUCACACAACGGCACCUACCUCUGUCAAGCGCAUAAUAAUUACGGCCGUGCAGCUGACCACUACACUCUGCUGGUGUAUGUGUCUGUUUCACCCACCUCCCAUCCUGCCAUUGCUCAACCCACCCCUCCAUCCACCAGGUUUAAAGACGAGUAUCAAGACCCUGGGGCAGUGGUGGAGACCCACAGUGCAGUUCCAUAUGCGGUGAUAGGGGGCAUCCUGGCUCUACUGGUCUUUACUAUUAUCUGUGUGCUCAUCAUCACCAUCUGGUGCUCCGUCCGACAGAAAGGUUCAUAUUUGACUCAUGAGGCCAGUGGGUUGGAUGAACAUGGUGAGGUGCAGGAGGCGUUCCUCAACGGUAACGAUGCCAGCCAGGGCAAAAAGGAAUACCUGCUGUAGCGCCGCCCUAGUGGAUCACUUCAGAAACACAGCAACCACACACACCGCUCUGAAACAGACACACCACCACAACGACAACCAGAAAGAGGCAUCACAAUCGUGCCAUAUGAAGAUGGAGUGGAAAAGAGAGGACAGGAAAUUUAAUGGAAUAGGGCGGAAAAAGAGAACAAGAGAGAGAGGGAGAGGGAGCAGGAGCCAAGACAAGAGUAUAAUUAUUAUGAUUGAAAGAGAUGCGAAGAACCACAAAGACCAUCUCAUCUCUCACACACAUGCCGUUUUAGUUGUGAGUAAGAUUGAGACAACUAGCUGUAACUAUAGGGCCAGGAGAGAAAAGUGUCCAUUUAAAACGGUCCGAUCCAUAACUGGCUGGGACAGCGGCGCUGCGGGAAGCCACAAGGGCUCAUGAGCUAUUGAAUGUCCCAAUGUGAGCAAAUUGAAAUACUUUGCAUUGCCAAAGCAUCUGAGCUUCAGAGACUAAACUAGUUGGAAAUUCAUCCACCAAUAGCAGCGCUGAGACCUCAGAGCUGCCCUUAUAAAGUAUUCAUACCGGUCUAUCACCGUGUUUCAUCCGGCAACUCCAUUAUCUGCUCAUGUUGGCCAAAACUCGCUUCCUGACGAUUUAGUGGUCCUGCUGAAAGACGGUCCCUCUUGUUUUGAUUCUCUCUCUGUGAAACUCAGUUUCCCCCUCUUCCAUUUUCCUUCCUCUCCGUCCUCUAUUUCCACUUUUGUUUGUUAAUAAUUAAAGCGUUGGACAUGUUCUUUUUAAUGACUAGAAUAAAUUGGAGCGGACGGCUCGCUCUGAAACUGUAAAAAGGGGCUUAAUUAUCACGAAGCGUCAAUGCGAACAAAUGAGCGAAGAAGGGUUUGUAUAGAGAACGUGCCAGAUAUUUAAACAUUUUUGAUUGUUACUACACGGAACACUUACACAAUGAAACAUAUCUCUGAAGUCAUUAUUUGUAUGAGGAAAAAGUCUAUGAAUAAGUUAAAUUACUCUUUUAAAAACUGAAAAAAAAAGACUUUCUUUUUCGCGCAUUACUGAGCGAUGCUAUUGUACUAACACAGAAUAUUAGCUUAGAGGUGCAAAAUUGAACAAACUACUGUUACGUCAUCUUUAAAAGAAAAAACUGAAAAUUACAAAAAUAUAUAUUUCGUUACGUCUUAAAGAGAUACCUGAGGUCUUAAUUGUUUUUAUUAAUUAUUAUUUGGACUAUUAUGAUCGUUGUUAUUGUUAUUAUUCUUACUGUUAUUAUAAUUGUAAAUGUUAUAAAUUGUAUACUUUCCAUGCUUUAGUUUGACCUGUAGAAACAGCUGUGUACCCACUUUUCUCUCAUCUCUUUCACCUUUCUAGAUCUUUCUAUACUCUUCGUGUCUUUCUCCAGAUUUGUCCGUCUCCUCUUUGUCUUUCACUUCCUGUUUAUUUUAUAGUCUCUGCGUCGCUGUUGAUAUAGCUAACUGUACAUCUUUAUAGGGGAAAGAUACCAAGCACGACAAAAUAAAAAACUUAAAGAAUC